AUGUUGAGAUUCGGAAGACUUUUUUCUUUGGCUACCAAUCAAGAUGCUUGGGUUAGUGAGUUUUGGUCUUCAGUAGGUUGGAAAUUCCAUUGGAGGCGUGGGAUUAGAGGAGGGGUUGAAUCGACUCAAUUUGAUGAUCUUGUGGAACUUUUGUCUCCUAUUCGGUUAGGGGUGUUGCCUGACAAGUGCAUUUGGGAUUUAGAUCCUUCGGGUAUUUUUUCUGUUAGUUCUACAAGGAAUUGGGUUGAUGUUAUGAGACUACCUUUAGGUAGUUUUCCUACUAGAUGGAACCGAUUUGUUCCAAUUAAAAUAAAUAUUUUUCUGUGGCGAGUUAUCUUGGAUCGUAUGUCGGUUAGAGUCAAAUUGGUUGAAAGGGGGUGGAGUUAG